UAGGCCUCACAAGCUGAAUAGCCUUAAUCACGAAAUGAUUUGUCAGAUGACACAGAAAUUGAUAUUGUAUGAGAAUGACCCAUCAGUUAAACUGGUCAUUUUGAAGGCUAAUGGAAAAGCAUUCUGUACCGGUGGUGAUCUGAUAUCAGUAAUUGCUUCAUCAAUUGCAGGUCACUGGUCUUUCACUAUUCCUUUUUAUAAGAAACUUCUCACACUCAACUAUUUGAUAGCGACCUACAAACAACCUGUGGUGUCUUUGAUUAAUGGAGCGGUUAUGGGAGCAGGAGCUGGUCUCUCCAUGAACACAACCUUCAGGAUUGUCACUGAAAAAGCUGUUUUUGCAAUGCCAGAGGCAUCUAUAGGACUCUUUCCAGAUGUGGGUGCUUCUUACUUUCUGUCAAGGCUUCCAGGCCAUUUUGGCGAGUACUUGGGAUUAACAGGAAGACGUUUGAAUGGAGCCGAAAUGGUUGAAUGUGGCCUUGCUACUCAUUUUGUUCCUUCCAAGAAGCUAGACUUGCUGAAAAAUGCCCUGCAAUCUAUCACAACAUCAGACAAAUCAACAAUUGCUGCAGUAAUAAAUAAAUUUACAGAAGUAGCAUUUUUGAAGGAAGAGAGCCCCCUUACCAGACUUGACACCAUUAACAAAUGUUUCUCAAAAGGAACUGUUGAGGAAAUUGUACUGUCCUUGGAGAAAGAAAUAGAAGUUAAUGGAGCAGUGGAGUGGAUCACCGAUGCGUUAAGUUACGUUCGUACGUCUUGUCCUUCAAGCCUCAAGAUAUGGCUAAGAUCUGUGAGAGAAGGCAGAGUGCAAAGCAUUGAACAAUGCCUUUGUCGAGAUUACAAUAUUGGCUCCCAUUUUAUACUAAGAACUGUCAGCAAUGAUUUCUAUGAGGGCACAAGAGCAAAGCUAUUUGAUAAAGACAAAAAGCCGAUGUGGGAUCCUUCAAAGCUGGAGCUGGUUAGCGAAGAGAUCGUGAAUCAAUACUUAAGGAUGGUUGAAAAUGAGAAUUGGGAGCGUCUGCAACUUCCUCAUAGAUCCAACAUUCCCAGCAAGCUAUAG